AUGAGGGAGUCCUUCGUGUACAUGGUUGCUGGCCUGAAGUCUUUUGCUCGCUACAUGGACCCGGAAAUCAUGCGCAUCGUCGUUCAGAGCAAGCGCCAGGCCCAGCUGGGGAUGGGAAAGGCGCCAGUGACCAUCUUCUUCAGUGAUAUCGCCAACUUUACCACCAUUGCCGAGAGCUUGGACCCCGAGACGUUCAUGAGCAUGCUGAGCGAUUACCUUGACGAGAUGAGCAAGAUCAUCAUGAGCAAGAGGGGGGUAGUCGGCGAGUUCAUCGGUGAUGCCAUCAUGGCCUGGUGGAAUGCUCCCAUCGACCUUGGGCCCAAACAUACCGAGCUCGCUCUCUCAGCAGCUUUGGACCAGCAGGACCGAGUAUCUGAGCUUCGAGAGAAGUGGACGAAUGAAGGACUUCCAGAGGUUCGAGUUCGCAUGGGCCUGGUCCGGGGUACUGUGCUGGCAGGGAACAUUGGCAGCUCACAGCGCAUGAAGUACGGUCUCGUGGGAGACAGCGUUAAUUUGGCUUCCCGCUUGGAAGGACUCUGCAAGUUUUACGGUGUGGGCAUCAUCAUCGAGGAGGAGGCCGCCAGUGCACCAGGAGUGCGCGAGAAGUUCCAUCUUCGCGUGUUGGACCUGGUGACGGUGAAAGGUCGGCACCAGGCGACGGAGCUGUUCCAGCUGGUCGGGGUUCGGACUUCUUUGCCCGACUCUUUCGAAUCGCCGGAGGAAGUGCAGUUCUUCACUGAUGGCUUCACUCAAGUCCACGCCCUCUACCGAGCACGACAAUUCGAGGCUGCCAGAUCCCUGCUCUCCGCGUACCUUCAGCAAUUUCCCCAGGACGUGCCAAGCAAGAUGCUUCUCCAGCGAGUGGAGACACUCUCGCAAGACCCACCUCCUGCGGACUGGACGCCUGUCCACGUGCUUACAGAGAAGUGA